CGGGAGGCAUCUUUGAGACUCUCUUGUUUGUCGUCUGUAUAAGAGAGAGAAAGUGAAAAGAGAGAUAAGACUGGUGGUGGUGGGUGAGACUGAACCCUUCUUUUUCUUCUGCUCGGUGGCUGCCUCAAACUCUCUCGACGACCCACAAAGAAGAAAAAGAAAAAGGAAGUUGUUAGAUAUUUAUAUUCCAAUUAGAUUCAUAGUUGAAUCGAUUGAUUGACUGAAUAGUUCAUAGAUGGGAUCAGAAGCGCCUCCUGCAGUUACAGUUCACGUGACGGGUUUUAAGAAAUUUCAUGGAGUUUCAGAUAAUCCAACAGAAACAAUUGCUAAUAAUUUAAAGGAAUAUAUGAAGAAGAAAGGGUUUCCAAAAGGUUUAAUUCUGGGAAGUUGUAGUAUUCUUGAGACUGCUGGACAAGGAGCCGUCGUACCAUUGUACCAGACGCUUCGAUCUUCUGUUAGCACAACGAAGGAAUCUGAAUCGUCGAACCAACAGAGAAUCAUUUGGAUACACUUUGGAGUUAAUAGUGGGGCUACAAGGUUUGCCAUAGAAAAACAAGCUGUCAAUGAGGCCACUUUCCGUUGCCCAGAUGAGAUGGGAUGGAAACCUCAAAAAGUAGCCAUUGUACCUGCGGAUGGUGCGAUAACAGUAAAACGAGAGACUACACUUCCUGUCGAGGAAAUGACAAAGUCAUUGGCGAAAAUGGGUUAUGAGGUAGUUACAUCGGAUGAUGCGGGCAGAUUCGUUUGCAACUAUGUGUACUAUCACUCGCUCCGAUUUGCAGAGCAAAACGGGGUAAAAUCUCUGUUUGUACAUGUUCCUCUGUUCUCGACGAUUGAUGAAGAGACACAAAUGCAAUUUACUGCUUCACUGUUGGAGGUAUUGGCUGCUUAUUAAUAUUAAGUAUAAUUGUAAGUAAAUCUUUACUUCUUCUUCAUUUAUGUUUGAUGACUGUGUGCCCAAUAAUAUAGUAAACCUGUUGCAAGAUGAAUGGAAACAGUGUGUUAUAUAUAAAGUAUCUUUAUUUGCA